AUGUCUUCACCGUCUCCGACACCUCAAGACUCCCCAUUAGGUGAUUUGUCUGGGCCGUCACCGUCACCGUCACCGUCGCUGCUGCUGCCGCCACCCCCACCUUCAUUGUUACCAUCUCCCCCGCCGUUGCCACCUCCCCUGCCUUCACCGCCACCCCCGCCAUCACCGCCACUGUUUCCCCAGUCUUCACUGUCUAUACAGUCACCGUCGCCUGAGAAUUCAGGGUCGUCGCAACUGAUCCUAGGGGUGGUGAUUGGUUCGGUCCUGACGUUGGGGCUUUUCGUCAUAAUGUUUAUAUGGAGAAAGAGGAGAAGCAUGAGAUUAUUGAGACCCUGUUGGUUGAUCAGCAAUAACCCUCCACUAUCGCACCAACGCUUUGCUGAAGAAGAUGCUACGUCUCAUUCCAUUGCCAUAGGACUGACACCAACAAGCACGUUUACAUAUGAAGAAUUAGAAAGGGCUACAGAUGGAUUCUCGGAGUCAAAUUUUUUGGGCCAAGGUGGAUUUGGCACAGUCCAUAAAGGAGUCCUGCCUAAUGAUAAUCAAAAUGUUGCCAUUAAGCAGCUCAAGUCUGGAAGCGAACAAGGAGUGCGAGAGUUCCAGACUGAAGUCCAGGUCAUCAGCAGAGCUCAUCACAGACAUCUUGUUUCCCUUGUCGGCUACUGCAUUGCUGAAUCUCACCGGACUUUGAUGCUCGUUUAUGAGUUUGUCCCCAAUAAAACCCUGGACUUCCACCUGCACGGAAAUUGCACUACAGCUAUGGACUGGACGACAAGGAUGAAGAUUGCCAUUGGCUCUGCCAAAGGAUUGGCAUAUUUGCAUGAAGACUGUCAACCCAAAAUCAUACAUCGGGACAUCAAAGCAGCCAACAUUCUUCUUGAUAAUAAUUUUGAGCCAAAGGUUGCAGAUUUUGGACUUGCCAAAUUUUCAUUAGACUCUGAUACCCAGAUCAACUCUACUCGAGUAGUGGGAACCAUUGGAUAUUUGGCGCCAGAAUAUGCAGCUAGCGGGAUUCUCACCGAUAAGUCAGAUGUCUUCUCCUUCGGAGUCGUGCUUCUGGAGUUGAUCACAGGACGAAAACCUGCUCGUAAAACUUUGACAGAUGACAAUAUGGUCGAAUGGAGACCAUUACUGUCCGAAGCUAUGGAAAAUAGGAACUUUGAGGGAAUAGCUGAUGCGAGGUUGCAGAAUAAUUACAACUUUGCUGAGAUGUUUCGAAUAGUUUCUUGUGCUGCAAAUUGCGUCUGUUCUUCACCUUGUCGUCGUCCUCGAAUGAGCCAGGUAGUUCAAGCUUUGGUAGGAAAUAUUUGUCUGGACGAUCCAAAGGAAGAGACCAAUCGGAGGAGUCAGAGGAACGGGUCAUCACAAGCUGAAGGAUAUGUAUAUUGCAACGGCAGUGACGACUCUGAUCAAUUUCAAUCUGCAUCGAGCAAUUGCUUCAAAUCACAUUGA